ACAAGCCACGGAUGAACAACAUCCUCACUUCAGCCACUGAGCCCUACGACCUGUCCUUCUCGCGCUCCUUCCAGAACCUCUCCCACCUCCCGCCGUCCUACGAGUCUGCUGUCAAGACGAACCCCAGCAAAUACUCAUCUCUGAAGAGACUCACUGACAAAGAGGCUGACGAGUACUACAUGAGGAGGAGACACCUGCCCGACCUGGCAGCCCGGGGCACGCUGCCCAUCAAUGUCAUCAAAAUGUCACAGCAGAGCAACCACCGGGACAGGCCCCGCCGUCCCAUCAGGGCCAUGUCCCAGGACAGAGUGCUGUCCCCAGAGAGGAUCAUGCCCGAGGAGUUCAGCAUGUCCUACGAACGGAUCCUGUCGGAUGAGCAGCUGCUGUCGGCAGAGCGCCUGCACUCGCAGGACCCGCUGCUGUCCCCGGAGCGCUCGGGCUACCCCGAGCAGUCCAUGUCCAGGGCAUUGUCACACACGGAUGUCUUUGUGUCAACACCGGUCUUGGAUCGCUACAGGAUGUCAAAAAUGCACCCCCAUCCCAGUGCCUCAAAUAACUUGUACAAUACCUUGGGUAUGAACCCGACCUCGGCCAAGCGCCAAGCGUUCGCCUCGCGCCGGCACAACACGGUGGAGCAGCUGCAUUACAUCCCCGGGCACCACCACCACUACCGCACCGCCAGCAAAACAGAGGUGACUGUUUGACACGACCCAGUGCAUUGUAGAUACUCCUUAAGGACUGGGGGGGCCGCGGCACCCUGCUCUGCAGUGGCCUUAUAGGCCAAGGUAACCUCUACUAACUCAGUGUCUGCAAAGACUUCUCUGGCAGUCCCACCCACCCGCGUUGUUUUUAAAGCCACCCCUUCAUCCGUGACACAGGAAGAACCCAAGCAAGCAGUCAGACACUAGUGAGGUAUAACAGAGGAAAUUUCCUGACGUGCAUCAGUUUCUGUCAAAGAAAGCCAUAGUAAUCGAUGGCUCCUUCCAAGGGCUCACCUGCAUUAUCCCGUUGUUUCCAUGAGUUCAGGAUGUUUCAGUUGCUCCAAGGAGACGCAGCCUGAGAUAGGGAGGAGGAAAUGCAGCCCCCCUGUCCUGGCAGGAAGGGGCCUCCUUCUUGGUCCUCCUGCUUGGCCAUUUUGUAGCAAGUAGAGAGGUUCUGGCUGCUGGGGUCAUCCCCAGGCCACUCGGCACCGUCAGCACCCACACAUCUGUUCUUGGUCACCCUUGGAGCAUGUCCAAGGGCAGACUUUCCUAUGGGACUGGCAGAUCUAGGGACAAGAAUAGCCUGGCUGAGAAAUAAAGUUUUAGUUUAUAUUAAAUAUACUCAUAAGAUAAAAACAUACUAGUGCCUACAAAUCGCCUGCUCUCUCAGUGUAGGAAGUAGUGGGGUUGAUGUGUUCAAUAAGCACAAAUACGCUGAAAUGCUUGUUAGACCCUUUUCUCCACUCAUUCUAGUAUGUUGGUGUCUCCAACAUGUAAAUAGGAAGGAGGAAGAAGGUUUCUCUCCCUCCAGCUUCUUGCCACUGCUGAACCUAAAGCACCAGAACCUGUUCAGCUCCACACUGCUGRCCUGUGCUGGGGGAGGUCCUGACCCCACUAAGACCCCGACCAGGCAAGGCAGCCAUAUCUGUCACCCAGCCUGGAUUUCUCCMCAGAAGUUUCUUUUCCUGAGAGCAUUUUCCAUGGCCCACUUCCCCUGUUUCUGAACGUUUUCUCCUCCCAUUUGCAGCCUAGAAUUCCAUAUGUAGCAAAUCUUUUCCCAGCCCUUAGCAGAGGCGCAAAGCUGAGGGUGUCUGUUUACCGAAAAGCAGGUCGGUAACUUGCCCAGUUUUCUCUCCCUGCAAUGGCCUCCCAARAAAACCUUCCAAAUUCCAAUUCCACUGAGUCCCAAUCCUAAUCAUGAAGACAGUUACAUUUCAUGCAUAUAAAUUAUAUAUCCAGCAUAAUUAUAAUUAAUGGGCAUGUUGUAUAUCUGAUAUAACGCUAAUUAGAUACUGUAUAUUUGUAAAAUCUUUAAAACAUAGACUCGUGGGUCCAGAAUUUGUGAGGGUUUUACCUUUGGCUUUCCAGACAGAUUGGGCUUUGCUUUGGUUUUUUGUUGGAUUUGGGUUUGGUUUUUCUCUUCUUUAUUUUUUCCCCUUUGAUUUUUGUUGCUACCAAAUUUUGUAGAACCGACUCAUAUCGACACACACUUCUGCGGCCAGGGAAGGGUCUCAGAGGGUUUGAAGGCCAGCCAGACCCAGUGCUGUAGCUGUGGGUGCCAGACACGGUCCCUGGUGUGCCCUGGAGGCCCCAGCACAG